AUGCCUUCAGGCACGCUCUCUUCUCGAUGGUCGAGCAAAGAAAGAAACAGCGUGUCUAGUUGUUCAGGCGCAAUCUCUUCAACAUGCUCAAGUAGCUGUGAGAAUCGCUCCGCCCUGCCGACCGGGGUCAGAGUGGCUGUGCGAAUCCGGCCAUUAGUGUCACGGGAGGCCGGGCAACGACAAGGUGUACGUAGCUGGAGCAAUGGCAAGGUCUCCUUACUUGAACUUGACCGGCAGGAGAGAUGUUUCAUGGUGGAUCAUGUACUUGACAGUCGGCCAAGCUCAGCUCAGAGGAGCACAGGCAGCCAAGCUCUUCGUUCCAGCAUUGGGGGUGAGGAGAACCCCGAUGGCUCACAGGAAGCUGUCUACGAGGCGCUGGGUGCAGAGCUAGUACGAAAAGCUCUUGAAGGCUACAAUACCUGCAUGCUCGCCUAUGGCCACACAGGCUCUAGCAAGACCUACACGAUGAUGGGCUCCGAGUUCACCAGGGACCUGGGGCCCGAGGAACUCUCCCCAGUGCAUUGCCCUUCUGAUGCAAAAACCGCAAAGAGUGCAGGCACACCACGUACACCUAUGCGAGAGAAAGUGGAGAAGCUUCACGUGACGCCCCUGGAGAAGGGGCCACUGGACAACGCCUUCAACAUGGAGGUGAGUGCAGGUUCGGGCUUGAUUCCGCGUACCUUGGAAGCGAUCUUCUCCGCGGUGCGACACGAGGAGCCAGGCACGGUUUGUAUUGCCUCAUUCUAUGAGCUACACAACGAGCGUGUGCGCGACUUGUUGGCGCCCAUGCUGCCGAAGGAAGCGCCAGCAUGGCAGGACGGCGGCAGUGGUGGCCAGCCUCGGCAGAAUACACGAGCGCAAAGCAAGACCACGGUACACUUCCACCCACGUUUUGGUGCCUUUGUUGCAGGGGUGGAAGAGGUGGUGUGUGAGGAUGUUGAAGAGGUACUUCGUUUGGUGAGUUUCGGGUCGCAGGUCAGAACAACUGCCGCGACCAUGCUGAACGAGUACUCCUCAAGGUCUCACGCAAUUUUCUCCCUACGCAUGGAGCGCUCGCAAUCAAGCAAUAGUGUGAUGUUGGUGGACUUGGCGGGCCGUGAGCAAGAACGACUGUCCAUGUGCCGCACCGAACGCUUCAAGGAGCUCACGCUGAUCAACAGAUCGCUCUUCCAUUUGGCUCGCUGCGUCCGGGAGCUGGCAGCUUCGCAGGUGGAAAAGACCGGCAUGGGAGGAAAGGAGAGCAGCCAAUGGCAUCACUUCAGAAACUCCAAGUUGACCAUGGUUCUGGGUCAUGCCCUGGCUGGGAACUCCCAAACCGCGGUGGUGGGCACAAUCUCACCAGCUCAAAGUGCAUUUGAGGACUCACUGGCCACUCUCCGCUUUUGUGAAUCGGUGAAGCAAGUGCGAACAAAGCCUGCUCUACCAGUCUCGCAGAGAGAGGCUGUAGUCAUCGAACUGCAGGAGGAGGUGAGACGCUUGGAGGUGGAACUAUUGCGGGCACGUUCUGGGCGGGCCAUUGUCGAGCGGCAGCUCGGAGAGGCCCAGGCGGGUGGUGAUGUCUUGACAUCCUCGGAGUUCUUGAAGUGUUUUGUGACGCCUCGGAGCAGCUGUGUUUGUGUCGCGAAGUGGAGGUACUUCGUGGAAAGCACUUGGACCGAGAGGUACGAGGAUUGGAUCAGUUGUCAGGCCCCCAACUUCAAUACGAAGUCGGCUUGGAAAUCCAAGAAAGGCCUCAGUGAAGAUCAAGCAAAGGUUUGGGCAUCAAAACAGCUGAAGAAUGCCGAGGAUGAUGAUGAGGAUAUGAGCAAAGAUGGAGCCAUGCUGGUCUUCGUGGCAGAAGCGGCAGAAGGCAAAGGAAAAUGCUACCUUUUUGUGCCUGACUUGGUGGAGUGCCGAGAAGGUGCUCUGCCAGAGAAAGCUGUUGCAUAUGAAUGGGGUGACCUGGAUGAUGAAGCACGUGAGUUCCGGCGACGUCGCAAAGCACGACAGGAGAUGCCGGUUGAAGAGUUGGACCUGCUCUUGGAGAAGCGGAAACAAGAUCGGCGGAAGGAAGGUUUGCAGCUCUUCGACGAUUGGCUUAUUCACCAGAUCCAGACAUGCGAUUUUCCAGUGGAGGUGGUGCUGGAAAGCCCAGUGCCUGCGGAAGAAGUGGAGAUUGAAUUGCAGGAUGUUGCUCCAGCGCCUCCUGCUCACAGUUCUUUACGUGGCAUUGAGCUGGACUCCGACUCGGACAGUGAUGAUGAAAAUGACGGAGGAACUGACUCCUUCAUCGACUACCUACGGCGGCGGCUGUCAACGGCGCUCCCUGCCGAACGGUUGCAUUGUGCAGACCCUCGUGAGCUUGGAGAGGGCAGUGAAGAGUUGUCCCUUCGCGAUGCUUUCCAGCGGCUGUUGAGCCAACCUCGACCCAAAGAUAUGGAAGAGGUGGAGCUGGACAGUCUUGGGGCCUCGUACCCGGACGAUGAAGAGCCAGAAGAUGGACAGUGCGAUGAGACGAGUAGACUGCUUCCGGCAGUGCCAUCCUUCGAAGCCUUCUUUGGAGCUGCAUCAGAUGUGCUCUACUAUCAUCCCGAGGUGAAGAUGGACUAUGCGCCCUUCUUGCACAAAUGUGUCGGGUCUGCAGAGGCCUUGGAGCAAUUCUUCGAUCGCCUCUUCUUUGGCACGGUACCCGAAGCAUUGGCGGAGCUGACCUUGACCGAGGAAACCAGGCCCUUCACGCGUAUUCGCUCACUGAUCUACGAGAGAAAGGGACUCGUCCAGCGGCGGCCAAAGGAGCGGCCCCCCGAUCCCUGUGAAGGUGCUGCCUAUGGACUGCUUCCUGGUUGCCUCCAAGCGGGAGGCUCAACGAGGUAA